AUGGAAACUCCCAAGGAUCCUUCUCUUCUGGAGUAUGCCCGUUUCUACGGUAUUGCCCGGGAUUUCACGGCCGUCGAUCCCAUCACAAACAUCGACGAGACCGCAUCUGAAACACCACUACCCCGGGAUGCUCUAUCGGAAUUUCAAGAUUACAUCUACGAGACACAGAGAAACGUUGAGGAUAAUCUUCGCAAAGAAAAGCUCAAUGUCAGGAAAGAAAGCGCUCGGUUGCUAGCAUCGGUGAUACAAGAUGCAAGAGCAGAAAAAUUAGACAUAAAUUGGGAUGAACUUCUACCUAAAUUUAGUCAAGUUGACGAGCUUAAAGUGCAACUUCCGAUCCUUGACAAUGACAGCAUCUCGGAUACGUUGCGAUAUACAAGUCCGUUACGUUACGACGAGAACAAGAUCGAAAUCCGUCCUCUCGACGAACCGUGCCAGAAACUUAAGGACGAAGAUAUCACGGCCGACCUUUUAACCAAGGCUGACCAGGUUCUGAAGGAUAUUAUGCCAGAGAAGCUAAAGUGUAGCAGAGAGUCGAUGUUGUUGAUACAAAAGGCCAGAGACUGUGGAGGUCUUCAUUUCGCAGAUUUAGAAAGUCUUUUGAACGAAAUGAUAAUUUCCGGUCAGGUAUGA